AAUAGUUGAGCUUUUGUACAGGAGGUGGUUAUGACAUGCCGUUUCGCAUUUGUUUUUCGAUUCACGCGAAUUUGACAGUUCGACCACAGAAAUAAAACAUUAUUUUAAUAUGAAAUCGUAUUUUCGGCGGCGUUAGCCGUUAUUUAAUUUAUUUAUCUACGAUAGAAGACGAAGAAAGAACCGAAUUUCAUUUAAAAAUUUAUGUUGUGAUAAAGUUAGUUUUAUUAAAGGUUAAGUUCCAAAAAAUACGAUGGACCUCAAAGAAGCCCUUCUGCAAACUGUAAGUUGCAUGCUAAGUGCUGAUAACGAUGUUCGAAGGCUUGCAGAGGAAAGACAGAAGGCUUUAGAAGUAACAGAUGAUUAUAGUUUACAUUUAGCUGAAAUAUUAUUAACCACUGAUGAAGCGUUAGAAGAGCGCCAAAUGGCUAGUGUUUUAUUAACAAAGUAUAUUAAAACACAUUGGAGACAAGGAGAUCCUUUUUUUAUAGAACCCGUUGUUGCUGAUACAAUCAAAAAGAAAUUACGUAGUGUUUUACCCACGGGUCUUUCAGAUAAUAUUCCUAAAGUUCAGAAUGCUGUAGCAUCCACGUUAGCUACAAUCGCCGUUUAUGAUUUUCCUAAUGUUUGGAAUGAUAUGAUAGCUAUGUUAACUUGUAAAUUAUCAUCGCAAACUUCUAAUGAUGUUGUUGGAGGUCUUCAUUUUUUAAACGAAUUCACUAAAGUUGCUUGUAGAGGUCAACUUAUAUUAUUAACACCAAAUAUUUAUGAGUAUUUAUAUAAAGUUUGUCAAAAUGAUAUGUGUGUUACCUCAAAUCGAUCGUUGGCUAUAUCAAUAACAUCAAUGUUAAUACAUACGGAUUAUACCAGUAAUCGUUGUCGCGAAGAUACGACAUUAAACGCAAUAGAAUAUUUUUGUGAUUUAUUAAUAACUAUUUUGUACCAGCCGUUUAGUGAUAAGGUCGAUUAUUGUUUAAAAGCGGAAAUUUAUAGGUUUCUAUUUAAUGUUUACUUGUAUUUACCGAAUAUGAUAAAAAAGGCUGUCCAACGAUUAAUCCCGGUUACGUGGGAAAUUUUUAAUAAGUGCCAAUCAGCUUACACGGCCGCCGUAAUGGACCCCAACGCCCUGGAUUUUUCCGGACAUCACGGCGACUUAUUAGAGCUCAUAUGCAAUUCGUUGCGCAUUUUUCAAACGGCCAUCUUACAGGUGGACUCGGGUAAAGAGUUCAUAUACAAAAAUCUUCCAGAGGUACUUUGUAAAUUUAUUGUGUUCAUGAGUGUUACCAUUGAACAAGAAAUGCAAUGGUUUGAUGAUGAAGAAGCUUUUUAUAACGAUCAUUCAGGAGAUUCUAUUGAAAAUAACGUACGAUUAUAUGUUAGAAAAAUAUUUACGACAUUGGUUUUUACUGUACCAGAAAAUCAUUUAGUACCAGCAAUAGAUAUACUAAUAGCUAGAGUAUUAGAAGAAAGUUGUGCAAAAAUUGAGAAUGUAACUUACUGGGUGCGUACACAAGAAAGCUUAAUGUAUAUGAUACAAACAAUCUACGAAAUUUAUAAUAAAGAUGAUAGAACUCCAGUCGGAAUAAACAUCAAACCUCAACUAGCCAUGUGGACAAAUUUGCUUGAAACUAACUAUGCCAGAGAUCACGUUUUCUUCUACGUUCGCAUCGUACUUUUAGGCGGCACUUUAUCCAAAUAUUUAGAACGCGAAGCGCUCAUAUCACACGUCAAUGUCAUUUUAAAUAGUUUACGAACUAACAAUAACGUCGUUAGAAUGGCUGGAUUAAUUGCCCUGGAAAAACAUUGCCAAGAAGUGAAACGUAGUCAAAGAUAUGUUCAAGAAUUUACGCAAAAUUUAAAAAAUAUUGCCGAAUGUGUUGUUAAUGCUCAAGAUUUAUCACCAAGAUUGUGUUAUAUUAUGUUAAAGUGUAUUCACGCGUUAAUAGAAUUUGACAGCACAUCAGUCCCAGAUUUAUUAGAAAAAAUUGUUCCUUUAUUACGAAAUUACUUUUGGAAGAACCUAUCAUUUCCUGGUUUUAGCGAUUUGUAUUUUAAAACAAUUUCGGAGCUGAGUAAAAAUAGUUUGUGUAUUGGCUACAUGCAAGAUAUUAUGUUUCCGGAAAUUAUUAAAGUAAUCGUCGGCGAACCGGAUAAAUGCAUCGACGUUGAAUAUCAGAACGUCGCCUUGCACGUUAUUAAAACAAUUAUUGAACACGCUCCAGUUCCUAUUAAUCAGGGAUUAAUUGAAGAGAGCUUUAAUUGUAUGUACAGGAUUAUUUUAACUUCAAACGAAUGCCUCGCUAUAUCAUGUGCUACCGUUUGUAUUUGUUAUUGUAUAGCAAAAGCGCCUAAUCAAGUGUGCGCAAUUAGAAGUAGUUCGGGAAAAACCGGGCUAGAUUUUGUAAUGGAUAUAAUAAAGCACAUUUUAGACCCGGGAAUGUCAACUAUAGUUUGUAAGGCAGCCGGACGCGUAUGCUUGGCCACAUUAAAAUAUUUAUCAAACGCCUUAACGCCUCAACAUUUCGACUGCAUAAUAAAAUCAACGUUAACACGAAUGAACUAUUUUAAACAUCAUUUCAACGAUGGGUUAUUGAUCAUUUUUGUUUACUUAUUUCACGUUCACACAGACACAUUGAUCAAUACUCUGAGCGUUAUUCCAGGUCCUAAUGGAGAUAGUGCCCUCGCUUAUAUUUUACACAGGUGGAUUAAAGCGAAUGGAUUAUUUUUAGUGAAAUAUGAACUUAGAUUAAGUUUAUUUGCUCUAUCACGCGUGAUGGAGUACGCCUUACAACACAAUAACCACCAAUUAUUUAAUUUUACAAUCCCGCACAAGAAAGUAUUCAAAGGUUUUUUUCCGGAAACCGUUGAUGUGCCUUUAUUGGCGAAAAUUUUAGAAAUACUCUCGCUUUGCGUCUCGUGCAUAGGAACGGAGAAUACCGAAGAAACGUCGCGUGCUAAUAAUGAUAACGAAGAGAAUGCUGUUUAUGAAGAGGAUAACGUCGGGGUUGAAGAUUACGACGAGCCAAAUAUUGAAGAAGAAUCGUUUAUUUUGGAUCCAAAUUCUGACGUUUCCUUGGACAAUAUGAUAUUCGAAGAAUAUAUAAAAUUUGAUAGAAUCGAUGGUUAUAUCGUUGAUUUUUUACGAACCGUUUCGCAAACGCCUACGUAUCCGACGUUAUUAAAGUUCUUGAAUGAGAAUGAAAAGAUGCUCUUACGCAGGGCAGGUAUCAAUGUUACCCAAUAAUAGAAAAACGCAGUACAAAAAUUUUUUUAUUUAUGUAGGUUAAUUAUAUAAUUAAUAUGUCAGUUAUUUAAAAAUAGAAAAAUGUACAGUCAAUUAAGUACAUAGGGCGUCGCGCAAAGAUUUUUUGUAAACUUUGAUGUAGUUUAGGGAAGAUAUUUGCUAGAUAAUUUGUAUACAAAAGUCUGUAAAUUUAAUUGAAUUACUUAAAUAAGUGUUAGCAAGUUGUAAAUACAUAUUCAUAAUUAGGCUGUAAAUAAUGAAUUAAAAAAAAGAAUUUUUUUAUAUAAAAACAAACCCGUGCGCGAUGAAAUUGUGAUUUAUAUCUAAACUGGAGAUCCAACAUACUAUUUUAUACUUUUAUCGAAUUGUAAAGAACGGAAUAGAUGUAUACACACGAUUUUUUAGUGUUGUAUUGAAUUUUGUUUUUACGAACAACUGUGAUAAGUAGAUUUCGUUAUCUAGUUUCGUGAUUUAUUCCAAACAUCACCGUGGUUCGAGGAUUAUCCGAACGCGAUUCAAGAGUUUUUUCUUUAAAUAUAAUUUAAGAACACGUAACAGAAGACUGAUGUCACAAUAAAAAAUAAAAGUUCUUUAAUCAUUUUUUUAAUCCACGGAAACAUUUAUUUACCACGAUUUCCAGUCCUUAGAUUUAAUUUUUCUUGUAAUAUAGAAUAUUUUUCUAACAGCAAUUGUAAUAAUUACUUAUAAAUUUCUUUCGCUAAAUAUAUAUUUGUAAUAAACUAAAAUCAAUCAUUUUUUUAGAACCAAAGCUAAUACUUUCCUGAAGUCCUACUUAGAUGAUACCCAAAGGAAUACAACUUUAUGCUUAUGAGUAUUUGUUUCUACUAUCAAUAACUAGGAAGCGCUAAUAAAGACAUCUGUAAUGAAACAAAAUUCAAAUUCGAAACGUGGGAUUAAGAAAAUGUGUAAGCGAUUAACAUAAAAAAAUCGUAUUUGAAACAUGAGCACGGCCGGUUGAAAACGUAAAAUGCAAGAAAAAAAAAAUAACCGCCGUUGUUUUGGGUUUGCGCGACUGAAAUGCAAUACGCCGUGUGUCGUUUGCGGUUAAUGGCACAAACAUUGGUACGGUUGUUUUGAUGGUGAUAAAAAUUCGUUAUUGGUGGUCUCCAAAUAUUUUGGCCGACCAAUAUAUAAAUAACUGCUUGUUUUUUAAAAAUGUAUAAAUACUUAAGUUAUAAAUAAAUGGUUGAAAACAAUAACCUUUAGAUAGCAAGAUGAUAUUUCGAUGGGUAAAAAAUUUAAAUAUAUAUAUAUAUUGAUAAAAAUAAAACAGUUUUUGAAGCAAACAAAGAAUUCGUGCGUCCGUUUACCCUAGACCUUGCGAGAUGCGAACAGAAAAAAAGAACAGAAGAGAGAAACGCCGGACCUCGGUAAUUACCUCACAAACGGUUUUUUCUGCUGCUUAAUUAGCCUGUAGUCAGCCUUGAUUGUCGCGAAAAAGGCCUUUUGCGGGGCGGGCUUCGAAAAUCGGUCGAAAUCGGCCUCCGAAGGCGGAGCGUUGCGCCGAUUAAUGGGGGGACGACGAGGGGACACCUAUAUUUAGAAACAGCCUCGCGUUUGCUCCAAGGGAUGCGUUUUCGCCCAGGUUGAGGACCCCUGCAUUAGAUUAUGCUUCAGAUGCGCCUCUCUCGGAGGUUUUUUCCACUCAGAUCAUCCAGAGGCGGACUCCACCUCAAUGCUAUUUAUAAGAAACCACCAUUAAAUCCAAGAAAAUAACUAUCAACCAAUCAACCGUAUUCCUUUAAUGUCAUUUAUUCUUCUAUUGCAACCAAUUAACCUUUGAGUAAUUUUAUUAAAAUUGAAGUGGUUUAGAAAAGAAGAUUUAAAUAAACAAAUUUUAAUUGCAUGCGAGUUAUGUUGUGUUUAUUGGAGUCGUGUGUGUGUGAGAGAGAGAACGAAAAAUAGAUACGUAUAACAAAAAAUACUUUAUUCCGAUCCUGAUGAAGCUCGGACAUCUCCUCCUCGAAGACCGAGAGAAAGCAGUUUUGAUACCGAAAAAUACAGAAACGCGCUGUCGGUAGGAAAAAACCUUACAUAAUAAAGCGGGGACAAACGUCAUUAAUUGCGCAAGCUGCUAAUUUCUGUUGACUAGAAAUCGGAAGGGGACACAGUCGUGUUUAGGCGAGGUUUUUCGAGAUGAAGGACGGCGAAGGACGACUACGACGAUUAAGGCGCGGAAAAAUAUGAGAAUUUAGUAAUAAAUUGUUUAAAAUAGGGAUGCGAUAAGGCCGGGUUUCGGUCUCGACUUAUCACUGAAAGCUUUGAGAAAAACGCCGAGGAGCUGGAGCGGAGUCUGGAUCGGAGAGCUUUUCUUUCUUAUUGUUCCCGUUCGGGCUUUCGGCCGUCCGUUUUUGUUCCGUCUUAUUUUGCUCCGGAGGUUCGCUUGUUGGAGAGGAGGCGCGCGGCGGCACAGGUGAAGACCAUCGCCGAUCUCUUUCUGACGGAUGCUGCGAAGGCGCCUCCGUCUCGUUUGGUAUCUCCCGUCGGCAUCGAACACAACAUCUCGGCGACGAAGAACCGAGAAGAGUAGAGAAGUGAAGAGAAGCGAGGAGAUGGGAAGUAAAGAGUGGAAAGGAGAGGAGCGGAGCUGAGCGGAGAGAAGAGAAGAGGAGAAGUAGAGGUCCGGUCGGUCAGAGGUGCAGAGGAGAGUGAGAUCAGUAAGAGAGAAUGAGAGGGGCCGCGGUCGACGCGACGCCCACGUACGGGGGAGAGAGAGAGGGCGAGAGACGGAUCGAAAAUGGUGAAUAAUCCGUGGGUCCAUCAGAGACGUACGUGGCCUUCGGUCGGGCUGCGAACGGCGCACCGCCGACGAGCGCAGACCGAGAGGUGAAAGUCCUCCUCCUAUUCGGAUCUCUUCGUUCAGUUUCAUACCUGUGAUCGGCUUUGAGGUGCUGCAACUAGUCAACAGUCAGUAGAGUAUUAGUACGAAACACCUGUAGACGCUAGCAUGUGAUUCGACGGAUCAGUCCCUGCAAGAUCAACUCCGUGCGACGAUGUAUUGCGUCGGUUCGAUGUGCAGUGAAUUCCACGAGACGAAGGACGAUCGCGACGCGGGAUAGAGAGACCCCGACGUAGGUAACAA